CAUUCUCAGGAUGAGUAUUUUCCGAGAAUCAGAUAAUAUGACAAGAGGGUUUCUUCCAAGCUCUUAAACGUCAUAAUAAGGUUCAAAUGAGACAGACCUUAGGCGAGGAACUGCAACAAUCUGUUUUCCUGAGUAAGGGGUCAGUCGUGACCAUAUGCACCUGGCACGAAGAGAUGACCUUCCGGGUAAGUGUCUGUAAGUACAGAGACUUAAACCAGGGUAAAAUUAGAUUUUCCGGACUAUUCACACAGCAAGUGAGAUGGGAAGCCAGUUAUGUCGCCCGAGAUAAUCCUCAGUGGCUUAUUUAUCACGAUGGGUCAAGGGGCAGCUGGUCCGUCGGCGUUACGUUUAGGUGAGAUAUCUUCAUGAGUGUAUGGGUGCUACACACGAGCGACCCACACAAACCCCUUUCCAGUCCCUUCCACUGGUUAGAUCUUUACGUUAGUAUCGUAAACCUCUUUUGCAGUAAUAUGGGCAAUUUAUAUGUGCAAACUUGCCAAAGCCAUCAGAAAGUCCGGAUCUAUUGUAUUGUAUCUGUAGCAGCAUAGAAUGUACACUAACCUAGGCCAGUCAAGGCACUUUGAGCUAUAUAUAUUUUUUUAUCGCCAAGGUAUUAGAUUUCAAAAAAACAAACAAAAAAAAC